AACAACAAGUACCUUUUUCAGAUUUUUCACUCGUAUUUCAUGAAUUAACUUAUUCAAUCCGAGAAUUGUGUACUUUAUAAAGAGAUCUAGAAAUUGCGAUAAGGAAAUUUUGUAGAAAAACCAAUGUUUUAAUUUCAAUGUCAUUGUUUUGCUCGAUUUUGAAUUUGAACUUAUCAAUUGCUCUCAUGGCAGCGAAGCGACAUGGAAGUCUGGGACCGGGGUUAAAUUUUGGCGGGAAGUGGAGGGAAAUCAACUGCAGAAGAAAGGAAUAAUACAAACAUACAAAUAUAUAUAAAAGCAGAUUUCUUUAAAUUUUUGGGGAGUUUUUGAACUAAAAGGCGUUGGACGUAAAAUGAUUUUUUCCAAGGGGUUGGACGAAAAAAAAGAGGAGCCUUCAAAACUUCAUAUGUACAAAAUUCCACCGAUUCAUAAGAUUUCUCUGGAAGAAUUUGAGUCGGUGGCUAUUGAACGACUGAAACUUUUGAGAGAUGUGGAAACCUUUGGUAUUAGGUCUACAAAGGACAGUUCUGAAUAUGAGAAAAAUAUGGGUGAUUCAUUGAAGAAGUUCUUGAAGUUUACUUAUUCAACAGAUGACCAAAAAACAAUAAAAAGUCUAAGCUAUCAUAAAGAUCUGGAGGAAGAGUUACGGAAAGACAAAACAUCUCAUUUUAUUUUGCGUUUGGCCUAUUGUCGAUCGGAUGAGCUGAGAAGAUGGUUUAUUGCCCAAGAAGUCGACUUGUUCAAGUAUCGGUUUCAACGUGAAGAGUUUAAGGAAAAGGAGAAGUUCCUGGAACAAAAUCAGCUUAAUUAUUCUCCAAUUUCCGAAGAAGAGAAGAAAAGUAUUUCUACUAAAUUAGCUGAUUCUGAAUACAAAAUGAACGAGAAAAUUGUGGAGGAAACCAGCUUCUAUAAGGUGCCGUUCACAGACGCUUUAGAUCUUGUCCGUUCGAGAAAAGUUUUUCUAAAAAAGGGUUUUGCGUACGUUUCCCAAUAUAGCCUGGUUUCUAUCAUCAGCAAUUGUUUCAAGAUUCAUCUGUCUGAGGCUUUAGCGCUGACAGCUCGCUCUUUGCCCUAUCUUGACGAAGACGAACGUUUGCUGCCCAGGUUGACCAGUUUAAGUCGUCAAUAUCUUGGUGAAGGUUAUGAUAGCAAGAAAGAAAUGCCAGGUGGAAAAAUCACUCUUGGUCAAAUGGACCUAUUAUCAAGAACAUCAUUUCCUCUGUGUAUGAGACAGUUACACGAAGCGUUGAGAAAACAUCAUCAUUUGAAACAUGGAGGUCGCCUUCAAUAUGGUCUUUUUAUAAAGGGUCUUGGUUUGACUUUAGAAGAGGCUUUAGCAUUUUGGAGAAGUGAAUUUGCAAAAAUUAUGGAGGUGGAUAAGUUUGAAAAAAGUUACUCCUACAGCGUUCGCCACAGUUAUGGAAAGGAAGGAAAAAGAGCAGAUUACACUCCCUACAGUUGCAUGAAGAUCAUAAUGUCCAACCACCCCGGAAAUGGUGACUAUCACGGUUGCCCCUUCCGUCAUUCUGAUGUUGAUAUUUUAAGACAGAAAUUGGUCAACUAUGGUAUUCCUCAAUCUGCCAUCAUAGAAAUUCAAGAACUCGUAACAAAUUCUCAUUAUCAACUUGCUUGCGCUCGAUAUUUUGAGGUCACACACAAGUUAACCUUAUCGCAAUCUGAUGUUAUCAAUCAUCCCAAUAAAUAUGUCGAAGAAAGUCGACGAAUUCAUGAAGAAAUUGCAAGUGGUAAUAAGAAAACAGAAUCCAUUGCACAUUCAUCUAUUUCACACAUAUAUGGCAGUGGAAAGACAAGAAAGUUCAAGUUAGUCAAUCCAGUUCGCAAACAUCAUCCAGUGUCAAGGGAAAUUUGGAAAUCAAUUUGGAUGAUGAUGAUUUUGAAAUAUCUGAAAACUUGAAUGCAAUGGGAUAUUAAGGUUAAAUUGAAAUGAUCAAGAAAUGUUUGCUUAAAAGAACGACAUUUGGAAACCAUCAGCAAAUCAUGAACAUUGUUUUUGUUGAACAACAGAUUUCCUUUUCAGAUGGAAGGAGCUCUCUCUGUUCUGACCUCUAACUCUUGACCAUUGGUGCAAAGCCACUUUUACCAUAGUUUAAGUAAUUUAUAUAUAUACAUGUAGCUCGUUUGAACUCUGUUGACCCCAUGAAUCCUUUAAGCAGAAAACUUUCUAAUACUCUCCAAACAACCACCAUAAGAAUGGUAAAAUACAUAUUUAUCCAGAAAUUAUUCCUAUGUAUCCCAUUAAGACCUGUCAUACCUAUAUACAACCCUAUGCCUACCAUGGAUAAGUAGAAUAUAUACCAAAUCAUGUGACAUAAAUCAUUGACGUCAUUGGCCUCUACAAUUAUCAAACCUUCUGCAGUCCUCUUCAACACCUGCUUGCAGGUUGUCUCACCAAGUCCAAGAAAGAUUUUCUUGAUAUGAUGUUUCAAAAUUUUGUAAUCUUCCGAGUGAUAGCCAAUUAUGUUUUGUAUCAGUUCAUAUAUAGAAAUAAACAGAUGACUUUCAUCCAGCCUUUUAUAAAAAUCACUACAUAUUGAAAAAGUGUUGCAAUUUCAAAGGCCAGCCUUGUGAGCUGUCGACAUCCAUAGAAAAGGAUUAUUGUCAUCAAGAAUAGGAUAAGAAAUAUCGCAUAACCAGUGCUUUGUGCAGACCACGACAUACAAUGAAGCACAACUAUACAUUGUAUCAUAUUCAACCCGGGCAUCGUGCUUAGCCAUAUUCGAAGCCUUCUAUAGAACCAAAGAGGUUCCAUUGUGUUGCUUAUCUUGUUAUCAGACAUUUAAUACGGACAGAGGUUCAAAAUUUGACGGUUUUACGUCAAUGUUACGAAAUUUCAUUAAAAUAGACAAAUUCUUUCUAA